UCCUCGUCUCGACCACAUUCCUCUCCUGCCGCCUGUCCAUGACUCCCCAGCGCUGCAGCACCCCACGAUCCGAGACGGCCCGAAGGCCCCGUCCGUCGCUCGACCAUCUCCAGUCCCUGCCGUCUCCGUUUGCGUCCUUCUUCGGCAAAGAGUGCCCCGACGAAACCGACGACGAUAUCCCAUUCGGCGAGUGGCUCGAGGCACGCAACCAUGAGCUGGACGACCAACCCACCCGGUGGGGUCGCAGUCCGGCCUUGCGCUUUGCCGAGAUCCAUACGCCCUCGAAACACAUGCCCGCUCGCAGCCUCGCCAGCACUCUCUCCCCGUUUGCCAUAGUAGACCGCAGCGCCUGGAGAAGCAGCUCAGAUGCCCCGCACUUGUCUGUCGUCGAUCUCCAGAACGAACAGUCUUAUCUCGACUUUCUGAAGCAGUCGCUGCAAGCCAUGAAGGACCCCUAUGAUUUUGACUUUGAAGCCAAGCUUUCGUCGUCGCCGCCUAUGUACAAACCCACCCGCUAUCCUUAUCCACCUCUCGACAUCAGUGAAAUCGUGUGCGGCCCCGAACAGGAGCUCACACCCGAGUCCGACUCGCACCUUGAUCUCGAGCCUGAACCGACGCCCGAGCCGACGUUCAUCGUCAACUCGAGCCACACAGCCUUCCCACGUUUCCCGCAGCCCGGCCGCCAGCGAACCGAAAGCGAGCGCACUCUCGGCGCACUCUCCGGUGAGUGACAUUGGAGAAGCUGAAUCUUCAAGCGAGACUCUCUGGAAUGGUGGGCUGUGUCGCCUGUGAGGGACAGACGAAGCCGUGUCUGCUGUCGUGGCUCAACCACCAGGGGAGCAGGAGCAGUCCGUAUCGCUGAGCGCCUUGCGCACCCCGACAGCCUUGCGAAUGGAGACUGCCC